AUGCCUUGUGAAGUUUUAAUAAUUGGUGGCUCUUUUGCUGCAUUGGCUGCUGCAGAUAUGAUAUUUAAACUUUCAAAGGAGACUCCUACGAAGGUCACAUUAGUUUCUGCCUCGUCAAAAUCGUUUUUUUGCGUUGCCAGCCCAAGACUAAUUAUUGAGCCUGAGAAUAUUGAAAAGACUUACUUUUCGGUGGAAAAGGCAUUUAAAAGACGCUCAAAUGGUAAGCCAUGUGAAUUUAUCCAAGGAACCGUCACUUCGUCUGACUUUAGUACCAAUAGCGUCCAAGUUUUAACAGCUAAAGGUGAGCGUAAACUAACAUACGACUACUUGAUAAUCGCAUCAGGCUCCUCUUCAGAAAACGCUUCUUUUAAAUUGAAGGAUGACUACCAAACCAGUAUCGAAGCCGCCAAAACUCUCAGUUCUGAUGCUGCUGCUGCUCAAAGUAUUUGCGUAAUUGGAGGAGGGUCAACUGGAGUUGAAGUUGCUGGUGAAUUAGGUUUUAGUUAUGGAACCAAGAAGAAAAUCAAAUUGUUUACGGGUUCCAAAGGACCAUUAUCAUUUUUGGGACAAAAAGCGUCUGAUAAAGCCCUUAAAUUAUUACAAUCUUGCAACGUCGAAGUUGUAAACACCAAGAUAAGCUCAUACGAGAAGGAUAAGAAUGGUUAUGUAGCAAAAUUGAGCGACGGAUCUUCAGAGAAAUUCGAUUUGAUUAUACCUGCUUCAGGAUUGAAACCAAAUUCACAAUUUAUAGAUGAUGAAUUUCUUGAUUCUCAAGGAUAUCUUCUUACAGAUGAGCAUUUUAGAGUCAAGAAAUAUCACAAUGUGUUAGCACUUGGAGACAUCUUGUCCAUCGGGGAGAGCAGUUUUGUGGACAUAAAAUUUUAUCAGCGAGCUGUCUUUGAAUCGGCUGUCAGAAAAGAGAUAUUUGGUGAAGAGGCAGUUACCUUAAAAGCCUAUAAAUCGCACGAAGCCAGUGAAUUAGUUCCGAUUACGAGAAAAUCUGGUGUCGGUAAAGUGUUUGGCUGGUCUGUUCCAAGCUGGGUGAUUUGGUACUUAAAGAGUAGAGAUUUCUUACUUCGCAGGGCAGGCGAAGAGCUAACCUGA